UCCUACUUGAGCCAUGGCUGCUACUUUCGACAAAUCUCUUCCGACAACUCCUUCACGCGAAUGGCCAGGCGACGUUAUGACUUCGCCUACGCGAGAGGAUCAGACUGCUUCUAAGGAGACACCGCGAACACCACCACCGCCGACUACACCCUCAUCUCUUGGUCUCGACAUAUCGGGAUUGUUCUCAGAGAAUUUCGGCGCUCACCAACCUGAGUCGUUGUCGAGCAUCAUACCUUCUCAAGAUGAACUCCAGCGGGUACUUGACCUCGUCAAGCAAUAUUUGCCUGCGCAGGUCUCGACCAUCCUUGCUACGUCAGACUCUGACUCGCAAGAUGCAGAAGUCAAUGUCCAUGUUGACUCACAACCAUCGCAUCUGCCUGAGGCUAUCACCACGAAUGUGAAACAGAAACCUCCGCCCGCCUCCAGCCGCACCCUCAGCGGCCUCAGUACGGCAGCAAGCGAUGGCUUCUUGUCCAGUACCCCUGGUCGCAGCGGUUCUUACAGCACCGCAGGCACGCCCGACAUCGAGAAAGCAACGGUCAUCCUCGCCUUUCCCAGUGCCAUCGAGCGCCGCUUCACAGAUCUGUAUGCUUCCGAUCGGGCGACGGACGGGCACGGUACAUCCUCUGAGCGAGCUACAUCGUCGUCCGGGCGAGCUGCAACGGCGGCGACUACGACCACCUCGGGCGGACAUACGAACAGCACCUCGGCGGGCCACACUACGUCGACAAACGGCCUCUCGCAUCAUGCCGACGACGGGCAUUCUCCACCCAGUGACGGGCCAAUUGCGCAGAACGAUGGACACUCCGGCCGCAUCCCCCUCUACGACGUCCACCGUCCGGCGAAGAAGGGCACGGCGAGCACCUGGCUCUCGUCGCGGGAGCGCGUCGACUCGCCAUUGGCUUCAUCUCUGUACGCGGAUGCAGGCCAUUCGACGUUGAGCGGAGAUGAUGUUCCUUCUGGCGCCUGGAAGCCGGCCUUUGGCCCUCGUACCUCUAGCAUGAUGGGCAUGCUCUCUAGGUCGACCUCUGAGGACAUCGACUCGCCUGCCCAGGGCUCGAGCAUCGAAGGGCACGUCGGGCACUCGAGUGCGGGCCCAUCUACGCCUGCCGUCCAUAGCCUCGACGCGCAAAGCUCUAUUCCAAUGUCGAUCGCGCAGAGCUCGCUGCCCAUGUCGACCGCUGCGGACGCGGGGCACUCGAGCUAUGGCUUCGACGCCUCGCUGUUAGAACACGGGCACGACGUUCAUGCUCACGACUCCCUUCGGGACGAUGCGUCGCGGGGGACGCUCGCGGGGUCGGCAGCUGGGCACGCGCAGGGCGAUACGCAGGCGUUGAGUGACGGGCUGCUGCACAAUACCGAUGACAAGGACCACACACCACCCACGGUCAACCACCAUCAUGAAUGUCCCGUCAAGCAGCGAUUGGAGGCGAGGCACCAUCGCGAGGAUGGAUUGGGGACGCAUCCAAAGGAGCUAUCGGCGAUGCAGCAGGACGAGGAUGCUGAGGAGCAUGCGCGAGUCAAGCACGCGAGGGAGCCCACUGCGCAGAAGGACAGCUCCCCGACGGCGCGCGUGAGGUUCUCUGAUAGACUGCGCGGCGAGGCGAAGGUUCUGACGGGCAAGCUCGUGCGGAAGGAGGGUAGGGUGGAGGAGGGGAGGCGUAUCAUGGGGCGGGCGUAGGAGAGGAGGGAGUAGAAGGCACACUGGGAUGAAACGGAUGGCAGGGCAACGCACAGCAGGAAGAAACAAUGUACAAUGUAUUUGCAUGACCUUGACGCACCGGCUGGAGGUCGAUGGGAUCGUCCGACGCUCGGGAAUGCAGCAUAAAACAUGUCUAUAAUAAGCAUUAAGCACCUCAUAGUAGGGUCGGGUAUAGGUAGUGCGUUGAGGGUAUUGAUUAUGAACGC